UCGAUCAUGGACCAGUCAGAUGCUUCCGAGGAAACAAUGAACUCCCAUACCUGUAUUUUUGACACAAAGGAACAACUUCCACUCCCUGAUUUUCACCGGAAGUACAAAAACAACUUUCCAAUGAUAGCCAUAGUUGUUGGGGGACAUUAUGGGCCCACUCAAUGGGACGAUCUGUCCAGUGAUCUGGUGAUGCGAAUUGAAAGAGAGUUUAAACAAAAGAGAGUUUUGGCCAAAAAUCCAAAAUCAUACCAAGAACAGUAUAUUAGUAUACCUGUAAAUGGACGAUAUAAAUUCAACGUUGUUAAAUCAUUCAAGACACAAAGCAAAGAUCAAAGUAUGGCAGAUAUAUUGAAACAGAACGCUUUACCAGUCCUCAUUCAAUUUUCCGAGAGACAAGAGGUUCCCAAAGAAGGAAAGGGAGGUCCAGAUGGAAAACCAAUCAACCUCCUUAUCGAGUAUUGUCACGAAGAAAUUUACCUCCAAGGGAACUACUAUUUUAGUGGAUGCAUCACUAAAGAGAGUGCGUCUGUCACUUUAUCUCCCUUUAUUACCAUGGCACCCGUCCACGGGCUGAUGACAAUGACAGAGGAGAAUUAUGACCAGUACCUACAGCGGAUGACUGACUACGUCAACAAAAACAGCAAAUUUUCCGAGGAUACGUGUAACUUAGGUAUCAAGAUUCUGGAAGCAGACGAUCCAGAUAUUGCCCGAAUUGUACCGAAAAAGCCGACAAAAGACAGUGGACCAGCUCCGGUCCUCCCUGCAAGAGGGUCACAACGGAAAUCAAAAGUAAAGUCAACGAGUUCAAGUCAAUGCAAGCGUUUUGACGUUAGCCUCAAUCCAGAGACACAGAGUCUCAGAAUAUUUGAUACUAGUGUAGCAUCUCAGAGUGUAAAAGAAGAACAGAAAAAUGAAGCAAAACUGGAAAAACCUCCGAAACCGAAACUAAAACCAAAACCAAAAGUAUUUACCAAACAAACGAUCAACGAUGACUUGGAUACAGACGUUUAUGAAGAGAUUGGUGAAUGUUCCAAAUUGCAGUCUCCAAAUGUACAGCCAAAGAAAGUACACGGUUAUGUGAAUGACAAUUUUUGUCCAGUCCAACCAAUUUCAAUAACACAGGAUUCCGGCGCUGAAAAUGAUUAUGAGGAGUACAUCCAAGAAUCUACGUCCACUCCAGAAUCUAACAGAGAACAUGGUGACAUUGUUUCGUAUGAAAGAAUGUACGAUAAGAAAACAGCUGGACAACAGACACCAGAACCAGAGUACGAUUACAUAGUGUCACAACCAUACGUCACAGAGCAUUCAGUGGGUCCAUGUACUGGCUUAACGUCAAAGGAGUCGAAAUAUGUGUCUGGACGGACAAUUAAAGAGAUUGGAGAAAUCCUUAUCAAAUUAAAGCUUGAAAAAUUCGUGGAUCAAUUCGCAAAAAACAUGGUAGACGGUGUUAUAGUCCAAGAGCUUUCAGCAGAAGAUUUGAGAAAUGAAUUUAAAUUUACAAAGAUAGAGGCUUUGAGGCUUCGGAAAUACAUUGAAAAUGGUCAUAUUCCAGUAUAAAGUUAUUUUUACCUUGUAGAUAUUGAUACUAAAUCCUUAAAUAUCCUGUGAUCCUUUGAAAUUAAUGUAUUGGUUCAUUCUUGGAGAUAAAUAUAUUACUUCCCUAUUACAAACUAGAAUAUAAAUUGUUGAGUUUUUUUAUGACAUUUUUUGGUUUGAAAAGAUAGGAACCUGUUGAAAGGAUUGUUAAAUUUUGACAUUAUCUAUCAAUUUCCUUCUUGUACAGAAACUGUAAAAUAGCUUUGUUUACACUC